AUGGCGACCAUACGACCUGCUGUACGUGAAGAUGUACCUCUUCUACUGAAAAUGAUGCAAGCAACUGCCUCAGAGCAAAACGUCGCGCAAGCCGUUACAGCAACCGAAGCCGAUCUCCUAAUUGCGCUUGGCUUUGAUCAGCUGCAUGCCAAUGACGCCGGCAAUCCAAUUGCUACACAUAAUGCAAAAGCCUUACUUGUUGAAGCCCCAGAAGGCGAGGUCGCCGGAAUGGCUUUCUACUUUACCACGUUUGUUGCGUGGGCUGCGAAGUCCGGGCUCUGCCUUGAGGACCUCUAUGUUCUUCCGGAGUAUCGUUGCAGAGGAUAUGCAAGGCUUUUGGUGCAGGGGGUUGCGAAGAAAGCUCAAGAACUUGGUUGCGCGAGGGUUGAAUGGCUUUGUUAUAAACGGAACGAGCGUGCUUUGAGAUUCUACCGUAGUGUCGGUGCGAAGGAGAUGGAUGCUUUGACGUUUUUGAGGCUUGAUGGGGAUGCGAUGAGUGAUUUUGCGAAUGAGACUUCCUAG